AUGUAUAAAAAGUUUUUAUACCGCGAACGGGGACCAGUCGAUAAAAGUUUUAGUGCAUCUCAAACGACACCACAAUGGAGUCAUCACGGUAAGAAUCAAUCAUCACAAAACCAUAUUACAACAACCAGAUAGGUUCGGAGAAAAAUAUCUUAACCUAAGACCCGUUUUCACUGACCUAAAACAAAGUAUAGCUUAACUAGGAAACGCUUAACCGAAAUCUUACGAAUAGCCUAAGCAGAUAAGAUGUUUAAUUGUUAAUAAACAAUUUUUCUAUCAUAUUACGCCAAUGCCUAGCGCAAGGCGCCGUAUAACGCAUAUCAUAAUUUUAAACAUUUCCUAUGUUCUUGGUGAAAACGAGCAUGAGUGUUUAUUUGUAUCUAUGCCUAAGUAAAACAUGUUCCCGGUCCAUCUGACAAUGUUUCCUCCUUCAUCAUAGACGAAUCAGCGUGGCCUGGCAAAUGUCAAGUGGGAAAGCAACAGUCUCCCAUCAAUAUCGUACCGCACGAGACCAUCGCUGAUCCCUAUAAGGCACACAUUAGAGGACCCUUGGUCUACCGGGGCUACGAUGAUGUCAUUGUGACCGCGAGAAACACUGGUUAUAAAGUGCUCUCCGGAGGGCCCCUCAGAGGGAACUACUCUUUUGCAGAGGUCCACUUCCACUGGCUGUCGGAGCACACCGUCAACGGUCUCAAACAGCUGUUCAGCCCCAAGCCCCAGGACUAUUACACGUAUCACGGUUCCCUGACUACACCGCUGUGUCCCGAGGUCGUUACUUGGAUAGUGAUGGCGCAUCCAACCCUCGUCUCACACGAGAAUUAUAAGAAUCUCACCAAAGCCGAUCUGAGCGGCGUCAACAACGAUCGCGCAGUACAACCGUUAGGUAGCCGCCUCGUCUACCGGUCCAUGAGUGCGCCGUCCUGCUCCAGCGUCAUCUCUCCCUCUAGCCUGGCCGCCAUUACAGCGCUCUUCAGCUGCGUCACCUCCAAAGUGACGUCCACCGUCUAUAGUGGAAUUUGUAAACUUACAAACUUAAAGAAGAGACUGUUCGGUUUAGCUGAGAAGCAAUGUAGCUAA